AUGCUUGUAAAAACAUUACUUGUUGCCAUUGCUUGCGCAUUGGUUGUACUCUUGCCAUUACGUGCUGCCGACAGUACUGACAAACUACGCAUCGAGAUUCCAACUUAUACUGGGGUCAAUAGGCGUCCAAACGUAACUCCUGACGAUCUGAGUGAGCUGAACAAAUCAAUAAAGUUUGCUGAUGGCCCAGGAGGCUCUAAGAAGAAAAGCAAUUCUGCAAAGACUCUCACUCAUAGUCAUACGGUCAGAAGAAAGAAGGAAUUGGGUGCAUCUUCCUUUAAUCCAUCCAUGCAUCGUAUCAAGACUCCUGUGCCUGGUUUAAAGGCUUUAAAAUCUUUUGGCGGUUGUAGCUCACCUAAGGCUGCAGAUUGUCAUACUCCAACCCGCAAGUCAGGCAAAGGUAAAGAAGCUUCAUCUUCCUCUUCUACAAAAGAGUAG